GGCCGCCGCGCGCGGGCGGCUGGAGGCGGUGGAGUCCGUCAUGCUGGUGGGGAUGUGCACAUCGAGCCCCAGUAUAGACAGUUCCCCCAGCUGACCAGAUACCAGGUGAUCCUGGGUGAGGUCUUCAGUGGGACCAUGUGGUUCUGGAUUCUCUGGCGCCUGUGGCAUGACUCAGACGCUGUGCUGGGUCACUUCCCAUAUCCAGAUCCUUCCCAGUGGACAGAUGAAGAAUUAGGUAUCCUCCCUGAUGAUGAAGACUAAAAGCACAGACUCAACUCUUUACAAGGGGGAACCAGGUGAGAAUUUCAAGAAGUUAUGGACUUCAUGUCUUACAUUAAAGUUUUAAAUUAAAGCGGUUUGUUCACGAAUGAAGAACUGA